AUGCCGGACAAUGCGUCCCUCACCUCGCAAACAAACCAUUCGUCGCGAUCGGUCUUCCCCAAAGGCCCCAGCUUCACUCUGGACGACUUCUCCAGCCGCGACUUCAUCGUGAAGGAAUUCAUCGAGUCCCUUUCCGACAGCGCAACCUCGCACCGUCGCUCCGGGGCGCCUCCCGGGGGCGGCAACCAGCUGUUCGAUCCGAAGCCGCUCAUCCGCACCUUCGAGCAUGCGCAACGCCAACUCGAAGACCUUUCGGGGGACCUGGAGAUCCGGGAGAACGAGCUGUCUGCUGCGGUGCGGCGGGCCGAGGCCCAGCAUUCGCAGAAUAUCAGCUCCCUGGGCAGGAAGCUGAAGCAGACCAUCGAGUCUUUCCAGCAACUGGAUACGUCUCUGAAUGGCGCCGGCAUAUCCGCGAGCGAUGUCGGGGCGAACGGGAAUAUGGCGGUGGAAACGGGUCGGAGAUUAGAGGAGCUGGAUCGGCAGAGACGUCGCGCCCUGGACGCGCAUUUCCUCCUCGAAUGCUGGGAUAAUGUGAGCAACCGUGGAGAUAUUACACUCCUGGAGAACCUGAGGCGAUCUGGGACGGGAGAAGCCAAGGUUCGCUCGGCACAGAUUGCGCGACAGCUCCUGCGUAUCAGCCAGAGGCUUGACCCGAAGAGUUGGGGUGACUCCAACGGGAAAUCGAAUGGUUAUGGGGAUAAAGUUGUGGACAGUGACAACAGCGAAUCGACCAACGAAAUCAAACUCAACACGCGGGAGAUCAUUGAGAAGUUCUCGGAAACUUUGGAGAAGGAUCUCCUGAAGCAGUUUGACGAUUUCUAUCGCAAAGCUAAUUUCGAGGGAAUGAAAGACUGCGCGACGGUUCUUCAAGAUUUCAAUGGGGGUGCCAGUGUCAUUGCGCUGUUCGUCAACCAACACCAGUUCUUCAUCGAUCGGAGCCAGCUUGUCACCGAGGAAGUGGGAGGAGACCCCGAGACAUGGGAACAGCUGGCCAACCCCGACUCGGAGCCUUCCAAGGUGGAAUCGAGUCUUCAGUCGUUGGUUGACGAAGUGAAGGCGGUGGUACAGGAGGAAUCCGCUAUUAUCAGACGAGCGUUUCCCUACUACGAGCAAGUUCUGGGGAAAUUCCUCCAGCGAGUAUUCCAACAGUCUAUCCAACAAAGAUUGGAGAUGGUCCUAGAAAAGGCUAAUGGGAUCUCGUCUCUGGCGUUCUUGCGAUCUUUGCAAAGCUCGCGCAGCUACAUUAGUGCGCUGGUUGAUGACCUGAAAGCCCAUGGCUUGACCGAGGCACCGGAUCCGAUUUCCGCCCAGACUGCGCUGGUCUUGGAUCAACAGCUGGAGGACCUCUUCGUUCCUUACUUUGUGGGGUCCUCAUACAUCGAGCGGGAAAAGAAGACGUUGGAGGAGUUUUACACAUCCCUGUUAUUCAAGUUUACGACCUAUCAUGCCCGUCGAAAGAAGGCCGCAACGACAUUCAUGGCCUCUCUCUCCAAAUCCGGCACAGAGUUACUCUCUUCUUCGCGGGACGCGUAUAUCAGUCGUCUUGAAUCGUCCGAGUUCUCUGCCACGCAGAGAAAGAUGUUGCUACAAGUUGCGGGUGUGACGGACGCAAGCGACCUGACACGACUAAGCGAGAUCAAGCUCACCGAAGAAGACGGCCUCCCGAGCAUCGCUCACGCGAAACGCAUGCUGAAGUGGCUUGCUGAGGGGGUGGGUCGAGGCUUAGAGCUGAGUGUGAGCAGCGAGGUCCCCAAGGAUAUGAUGACACUCUUGGGCCUUCUGCUUUCGAUGAUGGGUGAGGGUUAUAUCGAAGUCUGUCUGGAUGCCGCGUUGGAGUCGGCGACGGCACAAGAGACGGGGAAAGUGGAGCCUGAUUUCUCUUACCUGCCGGCGGUUCAAAAUGCGAUAGGCAUUGCAAAUCUGAUGGUGAUGUGCAUCCAUACGUUGCUGAUCCCUCUGGCAGCGGGAAGUCUCACGGUGCGCCGUGAGAUGGAAAAGCGGACCAAUCUCACGAUCAUGAAAAUCGAAGAGAAAGUCAACGGGAUCGAACAGAAGGUCAUCGAUGCCGCCUUGGCAUGGGUGAACAAACUUCUCUCCGGCCAAAAGAAGAACGACUUCCGUCCGAAGGAGGGAGAUACCGCGGCGUGGCUGGAGAAGCUGCAAACCCCGACGUGCGCUGCCAUUUGCGCCUUUUUGAAGCGGAUGCACCACAACAUUGUCACGUCUCUGCCGACGAGCGGUUCCAAUCUUCCCCAGCUGCUGACGGAGAUCGCCCUGGGCACGCGCAAUCUGCUCCUGGAGCAUUUCAAGCGGUUUGCAGUCAACGGACCGGGUGGACUCAUGGUGACCAAGGACAUGACGCAGUACACGGAUGUGCUGAAAUCUUGGGACAUUGAUGAGCAGGUCAAAGGGCCGAGUGGUGCGCUGGACGUACUGCUGGAAGUUGGGAACCUCUUCGUUAUUGGUUCCGAGGCUCUGCGGGAACGAGUCCGUGGCGGCGCAGCUGGUGCGACUAGUGGUCGACCGGGCAAUAGUGCUGGCGGUAGUCCAGGUCGCGGCGCGGGUGAAGCUGGGUUGAGUGUGCAGGAUGUGCGCACAUAUGUGUCGCGGAGAGAGGACUCGAAUACGGCAGCGAUGCAGAACGUGUUGAACACUCUAUGA